AUGCUAUCCGACAGCGAGUCAGAGCACGACGAUCUCCAGAUUACGAUCAACGAGCACUACGCGAAAGCCUACGCUCACCGCAAGGAACGCGAGGAGCUACAGAAACUCAAGGACAAAUACGGCUCAGACUUUGACGAGAACGAGCUUGAAGCUUCCGAAGAUUCAGAGGACCUGGAGUCGGAGGACGAGGAUGGCGAGGAACUCACCCCCGCGGUGGAUGCUGCCAUAUUGCGCACUCUAGCAAGAAUAAAAAAACGGGAUCCUGCUAUAUACGGGAAGGAUAACAUAUUUGAGGAGGAACACAAGAAAACCCAGGACGUGUCCAUUGGCAAACGGAAGAAAGAGAAGAAUGCAAAGCCCCUUACCAUCCGCCAACAAAACCUUGAAUCCGCCCUGAACCCCACUUCCCGCUCCCCUUCCCCGCAGCCACUCACCCACGUACAAGAACAAAGCGCGCUCCGGGAAGAAAUUGUUUCUGCCUUUCACACCGCUGUUGCCGAUGAUGCGAGCGAAGAGGAGAACGACCUGCUCGUGCCGCGAGAGAAGACAAAGGAUGAGAUUGAGAAGGAUGAGGAGGACUAUCGGGCGUGGCUGCAGAGGGAGGUCGGAGCGGACUUGAGGGAGCUGGUGACUGUCGAGCCUGGGGACGAUGAAGUUGGGGAGGGACCUGUGGAAGAGGCUGAAGAGGAAGGCAAGAACAAGAAGAAAAACAAGAAGGAUAAGAGCAAGAAGGAUGGCGCUAGGAAGGUUGUGAAGGCGAAAUCUGCGAGCAAGGAAGACGCUGAUCAACAAUUCCUCCUGGAUUAUAUCCUCAACCGCGGCUGGAUUGACCGCUCAUCCCGCCGUGUCCCAACCUACAAUGAAAUCACGGGCGAAAUAUCCUCCUCGUCAAAGACGAAUGGUAUAUCCAACGCCGCGGACGAUACCCACGAUGCGGAUGCGGAUCACCCGAAUGGCAACGCGCUCUCGGAAGACGAAUUCGAGGAAGUGGCUGAACAAUUUGAGACGUCGUACAACUUCCGCUUUGAGGAACCAGACGCGGGAACUAUCAAAACAUAUCCUCGUAAUCUAGCCUCCACCGUUCGGCGUGAAGACACGGCCCGCAAGGAAGCCCGUGAGAAGAGGAAGGCGCGCAAAGAAGAGGAGAAGCUCAAGAAGCGCGAGGAGGUGAAACGAUUGAAGGCGCUCAAGAUGAAAGAGCUCAAGGCGAAGUUGGAACUGAUAGGCAAAGAGGCCGGGAGGACGUGGACGGAGGCAGAAGAGGAGCGAGCGUUGGAUCUGGAUGCAGAUUGGGAUCCGAUAGCACACGAAAAACAGAUGGGUGCACUGUACGGUCAGGAAGGCAGCGACGAGGACGGUGGCGACGUAGAUGGGGAGAAGCCUACGUGGGACGACGACAUCGACAUCGACGAUAUUGCGCCCGAUUGGAAUCAGAACGAAGCUGGGCCCAGUCAUCUGCACGACGGUGUGGAUACGUCGCAGAAGAAGAAGAAAAAGAAGAAAAAGAAGAAGGAUAUGGAGGGUGGAGAUGAAGUGGACGCAGGGGUGGACGUUGACAUGAUGGACGCCGAGAGAGUGGAAGAAGGUGGAGGAUGGGACGAUUUAGUAUGGGAUGGCACCGAGGAAAUGAGGAAGAAGGUAUGGGAUAAAUACAUGGAGGAACUUGACGCGAUGGAGUUCAACGAUAUGGUUGGUGACCUGCCCACCCGCUUCAAGUAUACACCCGUUCAACCGGACAACUUCGGCCUCACGCCCGCCGAAAUCCUUCUAGCCACCGACGCCGAACUCAAUUCGUACGUCGGACUGAAGAAAUUCGCACCGUACCGCACGAAGGCAGCGAGGAGGUGGGACAACAAGCGGAACGAACGUCUGCAGGAGCUGCGGAAAGGGCUAAAGGAGCGCGGAGCGUACAGCAUCAUCGAGGGCAUGGGCUCUCGAGAUCGAGAUGAGGACGGAGAGAAGAAGAAGAAGAGGAAGGGUAAGAAGGAGCGAAUGAAGGCGAAAGCAGAUGCAGAAGGCGGAGAAGAUGAAUCAGAGGAGAAGCUGCUGGGGAAGCGGAAAAGCCUGGAGCUAGAUGCAGGUGCAGAGGAGGCUGCUUCGACGGAGAGUAAAAAGCGGAGAAGGCGGCAUAAGAAAGCUGCUGCUGAGUGA